ACCGAAGAAGAUCAACCUACCUCACCGUCUUGUUCGACCCCUUGGUGAAGCACUUCAGCUCAUUUGACUGCUGCUGCCAGAAGAUUCAGAAACACUAUUGAUUUACUGACUCUAGCAUGUUUCUGAAGCUUUGUGCUAGACGGAGUUCUUUAUUAUGGACAGUGUCACCUCUCCGCCUGCAGCCGGCAGCGCUGCUCCAUAGUCAAACUCCUCAUCUGAACUCCAACAGGACGUCAGUGGUGCGCUGUGGUCGUCAGAAAUAUGAGAGACAAUACCCAGUGCUGCUGGUCCGGCCCGAUGGAUCUACAGUCAAUAUCAGAUACAAUGAACCCAGACGCCUCCUCUUGAUGCCAGUGAACCUGUCCACUCUGUCUGAAGAAGAGCGUCGAGCUCGGCAGAAAAAGAGAGAAGUCAAGAGAACGGUCAAAGAGACAGCCGUCGACUAUGAAGAUGACUUCAAAGCUGACACAUACAGCCACUUCUGGAAGAAGAAAUAAUGUCUAUUUGACAACUGAUUAUUUUUCUGAAUGUAAACCAUAUACGUUCCAGCAUCCCUUCAAUAAUUCAGAAUUUAUUUUUCCUUUUGUCUUUUUAUAAAUUGGAAAUAUUGAUAAAGACUUAAAUUGUGGGGCAAUGAAACCCAGACCCAAGUACAUUUUAAUUGCAGUUUGAGAACAUGAAGUACAGUAGUGUUACAGUUUUAAAGCUUGACUCUUUUCCUUUUUUUUGCUUCUUCAAAGUGUACCCUGAUGUGUUACCUGACAAACAUGGAAAUGUAACAAUGUUAAAUUAAUAAAUAGUGUUAUGUGCAA